AACGUAUGUAUAAUGUACAUGGGAAAUGUUCAAGUUGGACUCUAGUUGAGAUCGGUACACCAGUGUUGAAGCUACGUUAUCCCCUGUUCCAUCUUAAUAAACUCAUUCAAAACUCCCUAUGACGUGAAUAAUGCUCUUUUUCUGUGAUAAAAAUUAACCGAAAAUAGAAGCUCAUAAGCUCCGGGGGCAACUUGCGUUCAACACCAGCCUCGGAUACUUGAGCCACAAUAUAAUCAAACUCUUGGGCAAGGUUCUCUCUGUAAAACAAGAAUCAUCUUUUUUUUUCAAGAAGCUACCCACCAAACACAUACAACUAUGCCGGGCAAAGGACGUGAUCAGUUGCAUGGACACAGGCAUCGACGAAAAUUUCAUCAAAUAUAGUAUUUCGAUAUGCAGAGGAAGAUGAAUCCGUCCAUGAAGGUGGGGAUGCUGGCUUUGGUCGGAAUAUGUUUAAUAUUCUACCAGUACCAUCUUUCAAUGAGAGUAAGACUAGAUCAGGUAACAGGCUUCAAUGAAGCUGCUGCCGUCGCCGCCUCUUCACUGGACGAUUCAUCCAAUCUACAAACUGGAGAAGAGUUCGAAGCCAGAAUCACAGAGGAAAUGAUUCGUACAGUAGUAAGUACAGUGCAAAAAAAUUAUGGCCUCAGUCCUGAUUUGGCAAAACAACUAAGACAGGAAUUUGUUAAUCAGUUAUCAAUAAGUAAAAAUGGCCUCGCUAAUCAUCAAGAAACAACACCUGUUAAAAAUAUCAAUCAACCUGAGGAAUAUUUAGACCCACUUUAUAUUGUAACACCAACUUAUCGACGACCUGAACAGAUAGCUGAACUCACAAGGCUGUCACAUACUUUGAUGCUAGUUAAAAAUGUCAACUGGUUAGUUAUCGAGGAUGCAAAAGAUGCCACACCACAGGUCACUUCACUACUUAAAAGAACUGGUCUCAACUUUACUCAUUUAGUUGCCCCAAUGCCUGAUCAGUACAAGCAAAAGAAAGGAGCAAAGCCACGUGGGGUUUCUAAUCGAAAUCGAGGUCUUCAAUGGGUGCGUGCAAACGCAACAAAAGGAAUUCUCUAUUUUGCUGAUGAUGAUAAUACCUACGACAUUGCUCUUUUCGAUGAGAUAAGAAAAACAAAAAGAGUAUCAAUGUUUCCCGUGGGCCUCUGCACGAAAUACGGUUUAAGUUCGCCAAUCGUGAAAGACGGGAAAUUUCAGGGCUUUUACGAUGGUUGGAUUGCGGGACGUCGAUUUCCCGUGGACAUGGCUGGAUUUGCAGUAAAUAUUAAAUUCCUAUUGGAGAGGCCAAAAGCCACAAUGCCCUAUAAAGCUGGCUUCGAAGAAGAUGGUUUCCUUCGGAGUCUCGCGCCAUUUGAACCCAAAGAGAUAGAACUUUUAGCCGAUAAUUGCACAAAAAUACUAACGUGGCAUACGCAAACAAAGAAAAAUGAGCAUAGUGCACCGCUCGAUAUGACUCGUUAUGGCUCGACAAAUCUCGUCAAACUCAAGCAACAAAUUGUAUGAUAUCAGAAAAAGAAGAAGAAAAAAAAUAACAACAUGAUCCGAUAAAAUCAAGAA